AUGACAUCAAAUCAAUUUACCAUCACGUCCCCGCCGACGGAUGCUAUUUCCGCAUUGAAGUUCUCUCACGCUCCUGAUUCUACGCGAUUCGUUGUAUCCUCAUGGGAUAAGAAUGUCUACGUUUACGACUUGCGGGACGAGAACGGAGUCGCUGGUGAAGGGAAGCUACUGCAGAAAUUCGAACACCGUGCCCCUGUGUUAGAUGUUUGUUUCGGCGCCACCGAGGACGAGAUCUUCACAGCCGGGCUGGAUUGGGAUGUGAAGAGAAUUGAUAUAGCCUCUUCUAGUCAAACAGUCUUGAGCAGCCACGAUGCCGGCGUCCGAAGCGUCGUCUACAGCAAAGAGCACAACAUGGUCAUAUCCGCCUCGUGGGAUAACACGUUACACGUGCACCGCCUCGCUGAUGACAGGACCGUCACCAAUACAGCCUCAAUCCCUCUACCAUCUAAGCCCUUCUCCAUGUCUCUUACAGCAACGAAGCUCGUCGUCGGCAUGGCCUCACGAGCCCUACACAUCUACGACCUGAAAUCACUCUCGCUUCUAACAGGUCAAGCGGAAGGAGGGACGGCACCUGCGAAGGUUGAGAUCGAACCGUGGCAACGAAGGGAAAGCAGUUUGAAGUUCAUGACGCGCUGUGUUGCUUGCAUGCCCGAUGACGCUGGAUACGCUUCGUCGAGUAUCGAAGGGCGGGUGGCGGUUGAGUGGUUUGAUCCUUCAGCCGAGUCGCAAGCUCGGAAGUAUGCUUUCAAAUGCCACCGACAGGCAUCGGAUGAUGUCGAUGUCGUAUAUCCGGUUAACUCGCUGGCGUUUCAUCCGGUUCAUGGGACAUUUGCGUCCGGAGGAGGUGACGGUGUGGUUGCCCUCUGGGAUGGUAUCGCGAAGAGGAGGAUCAGGCAGUACCAGAGGUAUCCCUCUAGUAUAGCCGCAGUGGGAUUCAGCUCCAAUGGCAAAUACCUUGCGAUUGCCAUCAGCCCCGGAUACGAGGAUGGAAAGGACGAUGUCGUUGAUGGGACGGUCAAGAUUUAUGUGCGCGAACUUGGGGAGACGGAAGCCAAGGGGAAAGGCGCCAAAUAG